CCAAGGCCUUCUUUCACCAACAAGUUCCACUCGCGAUGCAUUCCUCCACUAUCAUCUACUUCCUCGGCGCCAUGGCCAUCAUGCCCCUGGCUCUCCUUACCAACGCCGGACCGUCCAAGCCUCCUCCCGCACUUGCAACACGUCAGUACCAGAGCCACUGCUGCCUUGUCGGCUGCCUCUCGUGCGAAAUCAACGAUUGCAUAAACCAACCCUGCUACGGCGUCUACAGCAGUUGCUGUGCCGAGGGCCGUAGUGAAAUAGGGGAGGACGGACAGCUUCACGUCUUCAACGUCAACGGCGAAGAGAUGAAGUUUGUCGAUCAGCUUGCAUAGCGGAGGGAUGUUUCUAGGUAGUGAUACCAAACGUGAGAGAAAAUAGGAACUCAGAAUAGUCAAGAGAGAAGCCUUAGUAUGUUUUAUGCGUAUGAUAAUAUAUCCGAAG